GAUGCCGCUGUCCCCGCCCGCGGGCAGCCUGGUGAGGAGCCUGCACAGUGUGUCCGCUAUCUCUGGGCUCGGGGAGCGCCUGGGGAGCCGGAUGGAAGUAUUUGGAAGUGAUCCUCAAGAUACCAGCUCAAAUCCCAAAUAUUUCUGAAAAUCGUGUCUCUAGAUUAUUGAUGGUAUGGCUCUUCCACCUCCAGACCCACAGUUUGUUCUACGGGGUACUAGUGCUGAAGUCCAUACUCUACAUUUUUAUUGUGGAGACCAGGAACCUGAUUACCCCAUUCUCUUCUCUGGGUCUUCCAAUGGGCUGAUCCAUGUCUGGAACCUGAAGACACGCAGAGUGGACACAAUUCUAGAUGGCCAUGGAGGAAAAUCUGUGUACUGGUUGGAAGCAAUCUAUGGCAGAGACAGGCUCCUCAGCCAGGGCCGUAACCAACAGAUCUGCCUCUGGGAUUUGGCAGAAGGAAGGAACACAGUGACAGAUUCUGUUUUGACUGAAAAUGUGGGAUUCUGCAAAAGUUCACUGCUGAAGGUGGCACAGGGACAUUGGCUAAUGGCCAUGCCAGGAAAAGACCUAGAUGAGGUUCAGGUUUUGGAGCUGCCAUCCAAGACGUCAGUCUGUACCUUGAAGCCAGAGGCGGAUGCCAAACCGGGCAUGCCCAUGUGUCUGAAGCUAUGGCAGCCCGACUUUGGUUCAUGUCCUUUUCUUCUGGCUGGCUACGAGGAUGGAUCAGUAAUUCUGUGGAAUUUAUCAGGGGGAAAAAUAUUAAGCCGACUUGCUUGCCACCAGGAGCCAGUGAUGAGCCUUGACUUUGACUCUGAAAAGACAAAGGGGGUCUCGGGCUCAUCUGAGGAGGUGCUUACCGUCUGGAGCCUCGAUGAGCAGCAGAAUUUAAAGGUUCAGAAAACACACAAACUCGUCAAUGCUGGGAUUGCUGAUGUUGCCAUCCGCCAGGACAAGAAGAUCCUGGCAACAGCAGGGUGGGAUCAUCGUAUCAGGAUCUUUGGCUGGAAGAAACUGAAGCCCUUGGCAAUACUGGACUACCACACAGCAACUGUCCACUGUGUAUCCUUCUCAGAUCACAGUAGGCCAAGUGAAAGACUGCUGGCAGCUGGCUCCAAAGACCACCGCAUUAGUAUCUGGUCAAUCUAUAAUCAAACCUCAGGUGCUUUGCACUGUCCUUUGGAAACUAGAAAGCCGGACUGAUAAACCAGAUAUUGUUGUGUGAUUAAAUCUAGGGAUGGGGAAGUAUUAAACCAUCUGCAGUUUGAGUGCAAGUCCCCAGAAGGACAUAUUCCCUAUAGAAAAUGUGUUGUUGUAGAAGGGAAAACCAAUGCUAGGAAGGGAAGAAUGGAUGAUCAUGCAGUUAAGGCAAAGGCCUAGCAGAGAUGGAUUCUGUUGCAUCCUCUGCCACAUGCUUCUUUUGGCGAAUUGUUUUGAUUCUUUGUGCCAGUUUCCUCAUCUGUAAAAUAGAGAUAGGUGCUGUCACUCAGGCAUGGUGUGGUCUAGAGUACACUGGUUUCCAAAUCAUAUUGAGAUCCUUAAUGUACGUAAGUGCAAAGAAUCAGUUUUAUGUGAACUUGAACCCAUUAAACCAUCCAUAGCAGUU